UUUACAUAAUGCAUAAUAAGAUAAAACGGCUCAUUUACAUAUUUCUAAUAUUAUUUAUAAGAUGCUAUAAAUUUUGCCCAUACGACAGGAAUGUUUGUCAGAGAAUUUGUGGAAUUUGCGGUAGUGGUACCUCAUGUAAUAGUCUAUACGGGAAGUGCGAUCCAAUUAAUUGUCCUAUUAAUAGAAUGGGCGAUGGUUGCCUAAAAGAAUGUUAUAACGGUCUAGGUCAUUCAUUUAAAGGCUAUACAAAUGUUUCGAGUUUUAAAAAGCCCUGCUUAAAUUGGUCUAAAUACAAUUUUACCGGCAGAGGGAACUAUUGUCAAAAUAUAAGAACAUCAAACGAAACUGGAAUUUGGUGUUUGGUUAAAAAUGGAAAUAGUAUUAUACAAGAGCCGUGUGACGUUGUUCAAUGUCCAAAGUUAUGCUCUAAGAAAGGUUGGGGCUCAAAUUGCGAAAGAGAAUGCUUUUGUAAGAACGGGGGACGGUGUCAUGCAGAGUAUGGCUUUUGCGAAUGUCCUCUAGGAUAUACGGGAGAGUUGUGCGAUAUAGAAUGUCGUAAUCCAAAACACGCAUCCGUGUGCAGUAAACUUUGCUGUUUUAAUGGUGGAAUCUGCAAAAGAGAAAGUGGUCUAUGCAAAUGUCCAAAGAAUAGAAUGGGUUCUCAAUGUCAGCUCGAUUGUCUUCAAAUAGGUCUAAUUUAUUCUGGUGAUAACAGUAGAACAAUAUCAGGAAGAUCUUGUAUUGAUAAAUGUCAAUCCGAUCCGAAGAAUAUAUCUUUAGAAUGUUUAACAACAACCGGACAACGUGAAAUGUGCGAUAUUCCGUUUUGCAGUAGAACAUGUUACUCUGGAAAUGGUGAAAGUUACUCUGUAAACGAGAUAAAUAAAGUAUACACUGCAGAAGGUUUAAAGGUUUGCUUACAUUGGUCCGAUCCAAGAGUUGUCUCUUAUGUAACUAAUUAUAAAUUUGCUGAUGGGAAAGGAACGAUUACCGCUCCUAAUCAUAACUUUUGUCGUUUUCCAAAGAGAAACAGAGAGGAGAGAAAUACAUCAAACGGACCGUGGUGUUACGUGUUAUAUAAAGGUGACAUUCGCGAAGCCUUAUGCGACGUUCCUCAGUGUAUAGAUUUCAAUAGAAAAACGUGUAAAGUUUGCGAAUUAGUAACUUGGAAAGUCUUACCUAGUACGAAUUAUAAGCACUUGACGGAGAAGGAGAAUUAUUUAAGCAAAUUAAAAGAACUGAAGAAUAAAUUAAGAAUAUGCCACGAAAAAAUAUGUAAAUUAGAUAGAACGAGAGAAGUAGUUGAAACUGAAUACGAAUGCGCUCUGUACAUUGCUAAUACAACUACUGGAAUAGAAAUUCAAAAUGGUUUACAUUAUACAAUAGAAUACGUUUAUACAGGUAGAAUAUGUACGGAAAAAUUUAGAGAUACCUCCUAUUAUUGCGUUAAAGUAUUGAUAGAUAUUCAACAGAGAUUGGAAUAUAAUUUAAAUCAUCAUAUAAGAAAAUUAAUAAGGAAUGCUAAAAUUACAUUAAUAGAUAUUAACUUUCAACCAGGCGCUCAAUCUCAACAAUGUGAUCGUUUCUUAAAAGAAUCUUAUCAAUCUUUCUAUCCUAAAUCUUCAACAAAUCAAAUUUUUGUUGAAAAUUCAACAAUUUCAUCUUUUUAUUCAAAUGGAACAAAUAACAAUAGCGUUUUAACUUUCUAUAAAGAAGAUAAGAUUAAAGAGAACAAUUCUAAAAGAUGGCAAUAUAAGAAAUCAUAG